AUGUCUGCCCAAUCUCCCGUAGUCAUACUCUGGAAAGACGCCCUUAGUGCGGCCACCAUGGGAGGUGCGCUCAGCGCCGCCUUUGGCUCUCGACGCGGGCUCACGAUUCUCGCCAACAUGUAUGGCACUUCCUUCAUCGGUAUGGGCGCCGGUGCAAUGAUGGUCCCAAAGGACUUAUUCGCCCUUUUCAAAUGGAGCUAUCCUACCGAGCCCUCAGCCCAAGAGGUCGUCGACCGCGUCAUGAUGGGUUACGGUGCUCGCGACAUAUUCAUGGGCGUCGCCAUGUACGCCGUUACACUCUUCGGAAACAGCAGGACACUUGGCGCCAUCCUCAUAUCCAACUUCCUGCGCGACAACUCAAAGCUCCAUCUCGGCGGCGCCGACAACUUCACUUCUGAGCGUGCGGAACAUCUCAAAGUCUUUGGCUUUCAUUCACUCGACGAGUCACUACGAGCACCAAUCGAGCGCGUCGAAUUCACAGCUGUCCGCGGCCCUCAUGGCACCAUUCCGAUCCGCAUCUUCUACCCAUCCUCUGGCAAGCAGGUCCGCGACGACGGCGACUCUGCCGCGCUUGUGUACAUGCAUGGCGGCGGCUACACCGUAGGCUCCGUGGACGAAUUCGAAAACGGCCUCAGAAUUGUUGCAGAGAACAGCGGCGCGAUAGUCGUCGGGGUCGAGUACCGCCUAGCACCUGAAUGGAGUUACCCGGUCCAGCUGGAUGAGUACGACGCUGUCAUCGACUGGUUUCAAGGGGAUGAGGGGAAUAAACGAGGUGUUAAUGGGGACAAGGUCUGCGGUGGAGGCGACUCGGCUGGUGGUAACAUGACGGCAGCGCUGGCUCUUCGCAGAAAAGACCAGAAGAAGAAGCCCAUGAAGGCGUGCAUGCUGUUGUACCCUGAAGCCAGGCUUCCGUUCGACACCAAAGCUGCCGUUGAGAACAACUCCGGUUUUUACCUAGAGUGUAACGGCAUAUUCGGGUUCGCAGCUCACUAUGCUACCCGAGGUGUGCCCCCAAGCCACCGCUACAUAUCUCCCGGAAUGCAAGAAGUGGAGGACUUUGAAGGGCGUCCCUGCCAGUGCCGUAUUCACUUGUGGCUUCGACCCGCUGCGUGA